AUGGGACAAUGUGGUGCUAUUUCAUCGAAGACGGUUUUAGUCUUCCUCAAUCUGAUUUUCUGGGUAAGCGCAUGUAUUCUGUGCUACAUUGGGGCCUAUGUCUUUAUUACAUAUGAUGAUUAUGAUCAUUUUUUUGAGGAUAUCUACACCUUCAUCCCUUCAAUGGUGAUAAUUGCUGUUGGAACACUUCUCUUUGUCAUUGGUUUUAUUGGCUGCUGUGCCACUAUUUGGGAAAGUCAUUGUGGCCUGACCACGUUCUCGGUAGUGUUGUUGCUGCUGUUUGCCACAGAGGUGGUUGUAGUGGUGCUGGGCUAUAUUUACAGAGCCAAGGUGGAGGCUGUGGUGAAUCAUUCUAUUCAGAAUGUAUAUAAUGAAUACAAAGGUACCAACAAAGAUGCUCCCAGCAGGGCUAUUGACUAUGUGCAAAGACAGCUUCACUGUUGUGGCAUCCAUAAUUACUCUGACUGGAUGAACACUCACUGGUUUAAUCAGUCCAAAAACAACAGUGUUCCUGUGAGCUGCUGCAAGCCCAACAUCAGUAACUGCACUGGGACAUUAAUGCGUCCAGGAGACCUCUAUCCAGAGGGUUGUGAAGUUCUUGUAGUAAAGAAACUCAAAGACAUUAUGCUUUACGUCAUACUGGCUGCAUUAACAUUUGCUACCUUUCAGAUGCUUGGCUGCUGUGUGCAUGUGUGUUCCUUUGCCGCAGAAGUCAUGACCCUGCUUACGAGCUGCUUGUCAGCACAGGUAUAGAUGCCUGAGUAGUACUGCAUGGCAUUAUGGGAAUGGCUGGUCCUCCCAGCC